GCAGGCUCGGCAGCGGAUCACCAACUGAGCUGGCCACGGUAGCGUGUUUGCAGAUGUCCACACCCGAAACUUUACAGCACUCCUCGAGUUGAAGCGUGUGCUCAUAUAAUAAUCCAGUGCUGGUACUGAUAUCUACUUUCUUGUGAGCGUUCAUGAGGGGUGCCUGCAGGUCGGGUCGCAAGUCGAUUGACCUGAUUAUGGUUUAUCUCGGAGACUGCUGGUAUUGGGUUGCAAGUGAAAGCUAAAUAGGUAGUAUUGGAGGCGAAAACUUCAGCUGUACUAUUUCAGUUUUACUGUGGAGUUCAAGUGAGGAUGCUGUACUUGGAAAGCAAGUCUUCGAUUCACCUCAGGAGCUGUCAUGAGCUGCAGCUGCUAGCUGACAACCUCUGAAAGAGCAGUACCUGUGAAGAUAAUUUGCAUCCCUCUCACUCAUUUAACCUCCAUGACUCAGGUCAACAGGCUGUCAACAAACCCGCAACUCUGUAGCAAGACUUACAGGAAUGCAUCUGCAACGUGGUCAAUAAACUUGUUUGACUAUUCAUGAGCACUACUGAAUAGGGUCACUGGGUGUUCAUAUUGCGUGGUCAUACUGCGUGAUUGUCUUGCAGUCAUUCCUUCGGAGUUGGCUUCGAUAAUUCAAUUAAAGACAAGCGCCAUCCAUUGAUGUCCGCAGCACCAGACGUUUUUCGUUGGCCCCUCAGCCACAAGUCUCUCCUAAGCUCUCCGUAUUCCAACCUCGAAAAAACUUGGAGGUCAAACCCUUCUAGCUGGGCGUUCUUGUUGCAACUUCACUUCAGUAACGAGAACUAACAACGGCAGCACUCCCAGAAGAACUCCUUGCCGUCAUGUUCCCUACAAAGAUGAAGGCGGCUGCAGUGCACGCGGGAGCGCCGGGCGGGUCCUUUGAUACCAUCGGCAAGCCCAAGGCCAUGGACUCCGGAGAGAAACGGCUGCACGAGCUGGGGUACAAACAGGAGCUCGUUCGGGUUCUGAGCCUGGCCGUCAACUUCGCUGUGAGUUACACCAUCAUCGGCGUUUUGAUGGGCAUUACCGGCCUCUACUCCAUCGGGUUCACAUACGGAGGCCCAGUUGGUGUUGUUUGGGGCUGGGUCGUCGUCAGCUUCUUCUCCAUGUUCGUCGCGUCUUCCAUGGCGGAACUCUGCUCUAGCCUGCCCACGGCGGGCGGGCUAUACUACUGGGCGUUCAGUCUGGGCGGCCCUGAGUGGGGUCCCUUCCUCUCCUGGAUCACUGGUUGGUUUCUGUACACCGGUUCAGUCUGCGGCGUGGCAACAAUCAACAACAUUGGCGCCAACUUGAUCGCCGCAAUGGUGGUUAUUAACACGGGGACUGCUUUGGACGGGGGAUACAUCGCUUCGAAGGAGGUCACCCUAUCGUUCCUGAUUGGGCUGACUGUCAUUCAGGCCAUCUGCAACUCGCUCCACGUGAAGGUCCUGGCAGCCAUCGAGAAGUCGGCGCUCUACAUUGAGAUGAUCGGCCUGGUCGUCGUCUGCGUAACGCUCCUCUGGGUCUCGGAGGAGAAGCAGUCCGCCAAGUUCGUGUUCACGCACUACGAGCCAGCGACCGGGACCGGCGUCCACAACAAGUUCUACGUCUUCAUCCUGGGGAUGCUCAUGAGCCAGUUCACACUCUGCGCUUACGACGCUGCCACGCACUUAACGGAGGAGACGGAGCGCUCCGAUUGGACGGCUCCUGUGAGCAUCGUCACCGCCGUCUUCACCGCUUCCAUCGCCGGCUUUAUAUACAUCCUGGUCCUCACUUUCUGCAUCCAGGACCCGGCUUCCGUUCUGGAUCUUGGCAACGCGACCGGCGGCUUCAGCGCGGGCGCGCAGAUCUACUACGACGCGUUCGUCAGCGGCGGGCGCACCGUCAAGGGCGUCAUCGCGCUGCUGACGUUGCCCUUGCUCGCCGUCUUCUUCAGCGGGCUGAGCCAGCUGGCAGCCACGUCCAGAAUCAUGUUCGCCAUCACCCGCGACAAGGCCAUUCCGCUCAGCGGAUUCCUGCACUGGUCCCCCGCCGCAACCAACACUCCGUUCGUCGCCAACUGGGUCUCCGCCAUUCUCUCCAUCGGCAUCUCUCUCUUUUCGCUCAAGUCCUUCGUCGCUUUCAACGCGGUCGCUUCCAUCGGGGUUAUUGGCGCGUACAUCGGAUACGGUAUUCCCAUCUUCCUGCGGAUCGUGCGCCCGGAGAACUUCACCCGGGGACCAUUUCACCUGGGAAAGUGGGGCGUCCCGUGCGCGUGCGUGGCAGUCGUGUACCUGACUUUUGGCAGUGUCGUCUUCUGCCUUCCAACCUUCUACCCGAUCGACAAGGAUACUUUCAACUGGACGCCCGUUUCCGGGGCCGCCGUUUUCAUUCUGGCCGUCGUUCUGUGGGUGACGUAUGCCCGCACGCGUUACCUGGGCCCCGUCAAAACGCUCACGACCCACGAGAGCUACGACUCCGAUGCGAUCCUGAAGGCGGAUGCCUUGGAAAAGACGAUCGACGAUUGAAAAGACGCCACGUCAACGGGCUAAUGGAGGAUCUUAGCGGGUUCUGGCAAAAGAGUCGAACCAACCAAGCAGGACGAGCCACGUCAGCUUGGGGAGGCGUUUGCUCGAAAGGUUCUUGAUGUAAAGGCGUUUCCCUGAUGACUAACGAACUCGAUAGCAAAAAGGAUUGAAUCGAGACAAGGUAGACGUUCCACAAGGUUAGAGACUCGUAAAUAUGUUUGCUUUUCGCUCCUAGAGGAAGAACGAAGGGCGGUUUCGUCCUCCCAAGGCCGUCUGAUACGUUUGUGUGGAUAUACUAGGAGCCGUAGUCCCGUAGAUAGACGGGGAAUAAGAAGGUAGCUUGAAAGCGAAGGCCCUCAGCCUGUUUGCAGUCGAGACUGGCUCGUAGAUACCUGUAACAUUAUCGAUUGAAGGCGCGAAUUCUUCGACAUGAAGUCACCCUGAGUCAUUCGACGUGAUUAUGUAACUUCAGGUCUUGCGAGCCUGACGGUGCAGUACGUCGGAGUUGCGACUACAGCUAGUGGAACGUCAUAAACAGAACGCUGGGUCAUGUUCAUAAGCAAUGAUGCCAAGCAAGCGCAC